AUGCCAGCGGCGUUGGUAUUUUUCAUCGCCAGCGCUAUAGCGCUCGCCUGGCAGCAGCUUUGGAUCAAAGAGUGGACCGAUGCCAACUCUCCGGACAACCGCGAUGACCCCUACGACCCGAGCUGGGUGAAAGGACUGGCGGGCCUCUGCGUGGGUGACGUGCUCCUCCGGUGCGUGGGCGGUGUCCUUCUGACAGCAAGCAUGCGACAACUGUCCCAGUCCCUGCACUACGAGAUGCUGAGCCACGUGUUGUCCAGCCCCGUAAGCUUCUUCGACGCGACGCCCCGGGGAAGGGUGCUGAACAGGUUCUCGCUGGACCUCGACGCGAUCGACGUCCGUUUCUACCUCUCGUACAAGGCCUGCGCUCAGAACGUCCUUCUGGCGAUGUCCAAGCUCUCCGUCAUCGCAACCCAGAGUCCCAUUAUCCUUGGAGUAGGGGGCGUGGGCUUUGUCAUUCUGGUCUUCGGAAUGCGUCUCAUCGUUCGGGCAGCCAACGAGGCUCGCUUCGUCGAAGGCGCAUUCUCGUCUCGAGUGCUCCAGCACCUCACGGAGACGGUGGACUCCCUCAGCACCAUCCGGUCAUAUGGGGUGGUGGAGCGCUUUUGCGGCUGCUUCUGUCGACUCGUGGACGAAAACAUGGUGCCCUACAACGCGUUCGUCUGUUGCCUCAGGGUCGGCAAGGCCCUGGUUGGUGCAGUGGGCUUUGCAGUCGUGUUUGCCACACUCCUAAUGGCCAUCUUCACUGCCACGAGCGGCCCCAGUGGUGUCGGCUUGGCUCUCAGCUCUUCACUGUCCAUCCCCAUGAUUCUGACGUCUCUGUUUUUGGCGCUGUUCGGCUGCUUGCAACAAAUGGCGGCUUUCGAGCGUGCUCUGGAGUACACGGAACUGCCACAAGAGCCUGAUGUGGAGAUCCAAGAAACGUACCAGGAGAGCAAGAAGAGAUCGGAGGUCCUUUCGGUUCUGCCGGUGGAUCAGGAAUGGCCCACGGAAGGCAGGCUGGAGUUCCAGGACUACGCAGCGUCUUACCGUCCAGGCAUUUUACCCGAUGUCCUAAAGGGUGUUACGUUUGUUGUUCAGCCACAAGAGAAGGUGGGCGUUGUAGGAAGAACAGGAGCUGGCAAGUCGUCCCUGGUGCUCGCGCUCCUCCGGGUACUGAAGAGCACGCGGGGAAGCAUCCGCAUCGACGGCGUCGACAUCAACGCGGUGCCGCUGAGGAGGCUCAGGAACGCGGUCACCGUGAUACCUCAGGACCCAAGCCUAGUGCGAGGCAGCCUUCGAGACAACCUGGAUCGUACUGGGAGCCACACAGACGAAGAACUUUGGGGAGUUCUACGAGAAGCUCACCUGGCGGAUUUCGUCACCUCGCAGCCCAAGGGGCUUUCCCUCGAAGUGGGCGACGGAGGCUCAAAUCUCAGUGCUGGACAGAGGCAACUAGUGUGCCUGGCCAGGGCGCUAAUCCGGAUGCCGAAGGUGCUCCUCUUGGACGAAGCCACGUCCCAGAUGGACGGGGACACAGACCGCUUGAUCCAGGCGACGCUGAGAGAAAGCUUUGCCGGAUGCACCCUCCUGGCUAUAGCACACCGUAUCAACACCGUUCUGGACUACGACAAGAUCCUGGUGAUGGGGGACGGGGGAGUUCUCGAAUACGGCCCGGUGGACCAGCUUCUAGGCAACGAUAAUUCGCUGUUCAAAGAAAUGGCAAGAAAAGCAGGGGCCAUAAAAAAUAUCACACAUUUCUAA